ACCGUUGCGACUGUCGAAGUAGGUUGCCAAGCAACCGCCUAUUCAGUGCAGCAUCAGCACCUCGCUCUGGGUGAAUGCGGUGCCGCAUUGAACAAAUAUUAGGGACACGUGCUACCACAAUGCGCUGCCUAUAUUUUUCUUUCUAAAACGGAGUCAAGCUGAAAUGGCAUCGGAUAACAUUUACGUGACGUAAAUAUAUUAAGCGUGAAUGACAACGUAAACUAAGACAAUUACAAGUCUGGCGCGAUUACGUAGUGAUGCUCAUGUCCGGGAUACGGACGGGACGGGUGUCCUCGUGACUGCGGGAGGAAAACGGGGAGACUGGCUAUAGGAUCAAACUCCCUCACAGCCUGGAACACCAUUGCGUUAUAAUUAUUAUACAAAACAAACGGAUGCAUCAUGGGAACAACAUAGCGAGUGAGCGAGUUUGUCCUCGUAAAUGUAAUUUCCUUUUUCUGUCGAUCGUUCCCUUUCCUCUCCUGAAACUGUUCUGCUUCACGAGACGUCUCUUCCGAGCUCAGGCGGGGAAUGUAAGGCUCUGUAGUAGAAACCCGGGGAAGACACACUUCGAUGUGAGCUGGACUGGGAUUGUUUCUUUAGUCCUGUUCCGCGCGUCCUCCUCCGCGGUGUAGCCAGAAGGCCAAAGCUGCUUCUCUGGCCUGCGGAUGCGGCAGACACUCGGCCUGCUAAAGGCUCUGGGUACCGCAAUGCCGCGGGGACAGGGGGAGAGAGACGGCAGGUGGGCGAUGGAGCGGGCGAAAUCAAGGAUUGGAGAAUGCAGAUGUACGACGCCAAGAAAAAAUAUUAACACAACACAUGUGUGUCAAGUUCAGUUUUAACAGCUGUGGUGGGAUUCAUUUUAGGACCCUAUAUAGACCCUAACUGUAUUUAAAGAAGUAUCUUCAUUCACAUCCCAUAUCUUUUGAACUGUCACAUAGAGGUAUUUCAGUUGCCAUCAUGCCUUCACCGUCGGACUCCAGUAGCGUGGCCUCGAUGUCGGGGUCUCGAGCUUUGUCUGGUAGUCGCAGAGGAAUGUCUGGGAGGACCAGUGCGCGCCUGCUGCUGUACCUGGGCUUGUGUCACCUUGCACUUGGGGCCAUGGUGUUGGCCUUCAGCUUCACAAGCCUGGCCUUCACCUCAUCACCCCGUGUUAGACAGUCCUGUCCUUUCUGGGCUGGCUUCUUCGUUGUGGCAUCAGGAGUAGUAGGUGUGAUAUCAUGGAGGAGGCCCUUCACUCUUGUCGUGUCGCUGUUCAUGCUGCUGUCUGCAGUGUGUGUGAUUCUCAGUCUGGCUGGUUCCAUGCUGUCAUGUCAGAAUGCACAGAUGGUCAAAUCUUAUGUUACCUGUCAGAUGGAGAAUCGCUUGUGUCUUUGCUGUGACCCAAAGCAGACGUGCUCUCCAACAGAAGAUGAGACACUAGUGCUCUACCAACAUUCUGAUUGCCACGCUGUGCGUCACCAGCUCAAGGACUUGCUGUUCAGUGCCUGUGGUCUCAGUAUUCUCUCCACCAUUAUCUGCACUCUGUCCACAGUCACCUGCAGCAUUCAUAUCUUCUCUCUGGACCUGCUGCAUCUACUGGCUCCUCAUCGCUCCCGUUCUGUAAACCCAGAAUGCACCACUCCUCAGGAUGCAUUUCUCAGUAACAUGAUGGACUUUGAGGAGUUUGUUCCACCCAUUCCCCCACCACCUUACUACCCUCCUGAAUACACCUGCAGCUCUGAGACUGAUGCACAGAGUGUCACGUAUAAUGGAUCAAUGGAGAGUCCAGUGCCUCUGUACCCUACUGACUGUCCUCCUCCUUAUGAGGCAGUGAUGGGUCAAAGGGCUUCUAGUCAGGCCACAGUGUUUGACACUCAAGCUGGUGAGCUGUCCGGAGAGAGAGGAACAUCCACGGCUUUCAGUGCUGAAGUGUCAAUGGACAGUGGCUCUCUGUUGAUGUCUGAGAUUGUGGAUAUUCCAGAUGACAGCUCCCCGUCCGAGGACUCCUGCCUCAUGGAAGUGGGUGUCGGUGUGCGGGCACAACCACGGGGGGACAGCGAGGGAGGGGAGGGGGGAGAGUAUGCCAGCUUCCGUUCCACACAGCAUCCUGAGGGAAUGGUGGCCGCUCCUUCCAGCAGGCAUUGUUUCAGAGGCGAGAGAUCGAACUCCUGCUCCUCCCCCAGCUCAUACAACACCUCUACCUACAGGUCUCCAUUGCUGAGGCGUCAAGCUCUGUUGGCGAGUAGCUGCUCUCAGUUGGAGUUCUUAGCGGGAUCUCAGCAUUCCUUUGUCCCGGAAAUCCGAGUUCGGCUCUGCACGCCCUCCCGACGGGACUCCUCAUCCGCAUUUCGCAACCCACCUACCACAGCCCUAUCAGGUCCUGCUGAAGACCGCACGGACCACACUCCUGGACCGCUCCUUCUGAGGCCAUGCUUACGUGAGCAAUUUGGGCGGGAUCGGAAAGACAGCGAUGGGUUCUUGCCCCUUUUGAGGUCACACAGUGAACCAGGGCUUUCCUCUUCGACUGACACUGGUGAUUUUAGUCUCUUAGGAGGCACUAAAGGAGUCAGUGAGGGGGGAUCGCAGACCUCAUCUGAAACUGGGGUAUCGUCUGGAGCUGGUUUGUUACCUCGCUCCUCUCAGGCACUUCCUGCUUCCCUGCCCAGAAAGGGCAGUAUUAAGGCUGUAAGUAGCCGGUUGCCUUCAAAACAGGUUCCAGCCACUUCCCUGCGUUUACCCAAAGACUGUGCACGCUCACUUGGAGACCUCAAGGUCACCAGAAAUUUAGUUCAACGUUUCCUGCAAAGAUCCAAACGUAACUUGGCCCCUGCAACUGAGCAUGCUGGAAACUGUACUCAGGGGCCUAAAAGAAGGACAGGAGGAGAUGGAAAUCUGCCGUUAGAGCAGGUGCUUCGGAACUCUCUAGGAGCCAACAGGGGGCAGCAGCAGCACGUCCACCACCAUUGCCGUGGACACCACCACUCCCAUAGCGACAGUCGCCAUAACGCCCGUCGGCACGAUGAUGACCCUUUAAGGGCCGGGGGAAUCCACCUGCGUAGCUGCGGAGACCUCAACUCAACAUCAGUCGCAUCACUGCGCAGGCUCCACCCACCGCUGCACGGAUCAUCAGGGGCUCUUUACUCUGAAUCUGCCCUCUGAAAUGGGCCACGGAUUCUGGAAUAAAUCACUGCAUGAAUAGGUAGAGGGGAAAUUUGAGGAAAGAAUAACAGGUGGGAAAUAGGUUUGAGGUGAGGAAUUUAUCUUGCAGACAGGGUUAUGCAAAGCUACCCUUGAUGUAGUUUUUACCUGUUCUCAUCAUAAUAAAAGACUGAAAACUACACCCAAUAUUUGUGAGUUUAAAGGAGUAGUUCACUUUUAAAACAAAACUUUUUCUGAUAAUUUACUCACCCCCAUGUCA